AUGGAUAAACCACCUAUUCUUCCGCCCAGAGAAGACGCAGUUGCUCUAGAGCCAGCUAAUGAUCAGCCAAAACUGGAUGUCAAAUUACCUGUAAAUAUUAAUCUGCUCUCAUAUAAUGAAUUACUAGAGCUUAUAAAUCAGCACAGAGAUAAGCUGCAUUGGUUUUGUGCUAGCAUGGAUUCUUUUGAACCGAUUACAGAGGAGGUUAAGAGACUGAAGAACCAGUUUAAGGAGCUGGAGGAGAAAUUCUCGAAAUUGGAGGACGGUAAAGUUGUUAUUCAAGACCAAAUUGCUGAAUUGGUCAUCUUAGAAAGCGAAUAUACGAAGAAAUAUCAGAAUCUACAACAAUUAAUCCGCUCGAAUUACUCUAAAGAUGUAGCAAAACGGACGAUGCUCAAUAAAAUAAAGGAAAACGAACAAAAGUGCGAUGAGUUAGAGAUAAACGCCAAAGGCAGUUUAGAUCUGGAUGUGUUUCUUAAAUCGUAUAUGGAUUUUAAGCUAGAUUAUCACAUGCAAAAGCAAAAGCUGAAUGUGUUGUCCGCUCAGAAUAAUUUCUAA